GCUCAGAGUUCUCAAGAUGAACAAGAUUAUCUUUCUCAUUCUUCAAUCUGUCCUUCAAUUUGCAAGCAGCACAUCACUGAGAGUCAUCAAGCCAAAUGUUCUGGCUCUGGAGGUGAAGGAUCUGUCCAGCUCUCAGGUUUCGCUGCAUUGUGGAGAGCAGGACGAGCUGGAGGACAUUCACUGGGAGAGGAAUGGAGAAAGCAUUCCCGAGAGAGGAAAUCACAUCACUGUUACCAUAGAUGGGCUACGUGGAGGAAACUUCACGUGCCACAAACCAAACGGGGAGCUCCUGAAUUACACGCUCCUGCUGGUCCAUCCAGUCCAGUUUCCCAGAGGUGGAAUUCUUACACAGUCAGAUGAUCGAGAAUUUGUAACUUGUAUUGCAAAGAACUACAGCGGACAUUUUCAUUGCUUUUGGAAAUGGCACCGGGAACGCUCCGAAAGAGCCGUUGUGUAUUUUUCAGCAAUCCGAAACUCCAUUGUACUGAACUGCACUGUGGAUGCUGAUAUCUCUGGGGUGACUUGCAUUGACAUGGAUUACUGUCCAUACUCGGAGGAGUCCAGGAGCAUCAGUCUCACCCUGCUGGUCAGAAAUCUAUACAGAUUAGAGGAGCAUCACAGGAGUUUUCUCAUCACAGAUAUUGUUCAACCAGAUAAAGUGACUUUCAACAAGAUUAAAGAUGAUGUGUUUGAGUGGCAUCCCCCCGAGACGUGGAGUUUCCCCUGCAGUUUUUUCCCUCUCUCCUAUGAGGUGAAAGUGAUUCCUCACAACCACAGUUGUAACUUCAAUGGAAACCGUGUUGACCAACAUGAAACCAAUGAGACACAUUACACGGUGAACACGAGGAAGUCAUAUAUAUUUUGCGUCCGGGCUCAGGAUCUGUUUACUAAAAGGGCCUGGAGUGACUGGAGUCAUCUCCAUCAGAAAAAACACAGGCACCGCUUAGAUCAAUAAAGAGUGUGCUCAGGGGAACACACGUCUGAUGGAUACCGCUUGCAUUUGUUUUCAAUUUCAUACAGUUAUGUUAUUUAUAUUUUUGUAAUAAUAUUAUUAUUUUCCACUAUUACAUUUGUGUAAUCAUUUUCUG